AUGGAUCCAAGAAACCACUCAGGUAUUCCAGUAUUUCUCCUCCUGGGACUUUCUGAGAAUCCAGGGAUUCAGUCUGUUCUCUUUGGGCUGUUCCUGUCUUUGUACCUGGUCACUGUCUUUGAGAACCUCCUCAUCAUCAUGGCGAUAAGUUCAGACUCUCAUCUCCACACACCCAUGUACUUCUUCCUCUCCAACCUGUCCUUCUCUGACAUCUGUUUCACCUCCACCACCAUCCCCAAGAUGCUGCUGAACAUCCAGACUCAGAGAAAAGUCAUUACCUAUGCAGGCUGCAUCACACAGAUGUAUUUUUUCACUGUUUUUGGACUUUUGGACAAUUUACUCCUGACUGCAAUGGCUUAUGACCGCUUUGUGGCUGUAUGUCAUCCCCUGCACUACACAGUCAUCAUGAAUCCCCAGCUCUGUGCCCAGUUACUCAUCCUGACCUGGCUCAUCAGUGUUCUGGGGGCCCUUCCUGAGAGUUUAACCAUGUUGCAGCUCUCCUUCUGUGCAGUCAUUGAAAUCCCACACUAUUUCUGUGAACUCCCUAAGGUCCUGCACCUCGCCUGCUCUGACACCUUCAUCAAUAAUGUCAUAUUAUAUAUUGUGACAGGUGUUAUGGGUUUUUUUCCUCUCACUGGGAUCCUUUUCUCUUAUUCCCAAAUUGUCUCUUCUGUACUGAAGAUCUCAACAGUGGGAGGAAAGUAUAAGGCAUUUUCUACCUGUGGGUCUCACCUCUCUGUGGUCUCCUUGUUCUAUGGAACCUGCCUGGGGGUCUAUCUCAGUUCCAUGUGGACACAUGCCUCUCAGACAGGGGUGUUCAUCUCAGUCCUAUACACUGUGGUCACUCCCAUGAUGAACCCCUUCAUCUACAGCCUGAGGAACAGAGACAUGAAGAGGGCCCUGAGAAAACUUCUCUGUAGUGUGUUGUCCUCCCAAUGA